UACAUAAGAUUGCCAAAGUAUAUAAGCGCGUGUCCAAGUUUAAGCACCAGUUGUGGAGGUUCAGACACCAUGAAGUUCUUAGUGCUUGCCCUGUUUGUUGCUGGUGCCUACGGGUGCGGCUUGCCCACCUUUCCCCCCAUCUUGGGCAGAGUGGUGGGAGGACAGGAUGUCAGGCCUAACAGUUGGCCCUGGCAGAUUUCCCUGCAGUAUAACAGCAAUGGUGAGUGGAGACACACCUGUGGGGGUACUCUGAUUUCUGACCAAUGGGUGCUCACUGCUGCUCACUGUAUCAGUUCUGGAAGGGAGUACAGAGUUGCCCUGGGGAAGCACAACCUGCCUGAGACAGAGGACGGCUCUGUGUUCAAGAGUACAGCCAACAUCAUUGUUCAUGAGAAUUGGAGCUCCCUGUUCAUUCGAAAUGACAUUGCCCUGAUCAAGCUGGAGUCUCCCGUUGAGUUCUCAGACUCAAUCAUGGCUGCUUGUCUCCCCGCCGCUGGCUUUCUCCUCCCCCACAACGAAUCCUGCUUCGUCACCGGCUGGGGCCGCAUCUACACCGGAGGUCCCAUUGCAGACAUCCUGCAGCAGGCUCUUCUGCCUGUGGUGGACCACGCAACAUGCAGCAAGUCAGACUGGUGGGGCUUCCAGGUGACGGAGACCAUGGUCUGUGCAGGUGGAGACGGAGUUGUGUCUGGCUGCAACGGAGACUCUGGUGGUCCCCUCAACUGUCAGGCCGCUGAUGGCUCCUGGGAGGUUCAUGGCAUCGUCAGCUUUGGAUCUGGACUCAGCUGCAACUAUCCCAAGAAGCCCACCGUCUUCACCCAAGUCAGCUCCUACAUCGACUGGAUCAGCAAUAAAAUGGCAUCCUACUAAUGGAUCCGACUUCCUGAAUCAAAGCCACUGAGAGGAUUUGUGAACAACAUCAAGAAUCACAAACACAAUAAAAUAUUCCUGUCCAAAAA